AUGUCAUAUGACCCUUUGUCAAUACCUCUUCGGUCAAACGGUUGGCUCACUUCCCUUUUAAAUAGCAGACCCAAUAUCCUGUUCUACUGCUGUUCUGUUGGUUCCCUCGGGCUACACGAGCAGCAGGCCCGUCUCGGCAAGAUGGAGAGUCUGACGGUUGGCACAAUGGGACGUGCGUCAGCAAACCCGCAACUUAGUUCAUCUCCUUCUCGACUCAAUCACAGAAGAGCCCAGUCACUUGAUGAGUGUCCCUCACAUCGAAUGCAGUUGAAGAAUACAUCACGAUCACUUUUGUGGCUGCCAAGCGUGAGGCGUCAGCGAUCCAUCUCUCCCGUCUUGAUCCGGAGCGAUGAUGAUGAUGGCGACCGAGCCUUGUCUCCCCUCCCUCCCGCCAAGCUCCGAGUUCCUGGAAUCUCGCCAGCGGUAUCAGUUCAUGCUUAUGAGGGAUCUAAGGAAGAUGCGCUUGGUAAGCGUUCUGUGGAUGCAGGCUCCGUCACCAGAACACGUUGGUCUGAGUUGCCGACAGCAGAACAGAAUCGAGGGCCAACAAGACGGAAUUCACAGCAUAUUGCCGGACAAUAUGAACAAUGCAUGGACAAAAGUCGAGAACCCUCUGAACGGUCAUUUUCCCCAUUCUCUGACUCUGCUGUCACUAUGAUGCAGGACGGCUGCUUGGAACGCCUGGUUGUGACUCCCUCGCUGGGCCAUCAUGACGCCUGGACACAAUCAGUACAGCUCAUGAUCAAGGAAACAGCAGACGCUUUUGAACAAGUUCACGAGACUAUGGACGAUUCGAGUUUGACGUCAUGGCUACAUGACUUGCCAGAGACGUCAGAGACGACGAAGAGACCAGAGACGCCAGCCGACUUUGCUGCUCCUCAUAUCACUACUCACCAUCACCAAGAGCAAGAAGACAUCACAAGUAAUCGACCUACUCCCUCCAAGAGAGCCAAGCCACCAAUAGACAAGCCCCUUCCUCUGUGCCCCGAGACACGAAGUAUGAAUGUGCUGAAAAAGGAAUCAAAAAAAGCCUCCCAGCCUCGUACUUCGCAGCCAACCAAACCCGCUAGAUGGGCGGUAUCAAAUGGCGUUGCUCAGCUUUUCUCUGGCACACGCUUCAAGCGCGUACAAGCCGAUGAGAUGCUGACUCCAGAGAAGACCGAAGAGGUGCGAGCCAGACGUAUAGAUAAAGACCAGCAGCCGUCGUCGUUCGAGGGGCGAGACUCAAGCGAUUCGUCUGACAGCACCUGGUCGCAACAGACCACGACAAGUUCCGCCAAGAGUAACAAGAACAACAGCAAAGCGGAGAAGCCAUCAGUAUUGCCACUUGACCAAGCUGUUAUUCAUGCAGACUUUUCCUUACCCAGCACGUCAAUGCAAAAGGCCACCGUACCACGGACGCGAAGCAAAAGCGACACCACUGUGUUGACAAGUAACGUUUACCCCUUGAACCCCCCUCCUAAGAACCCCCAGAGAUUCGUUUCCACGAAUACCAAGGCACGACUUUCGACUAUACCGGAAGUCGAAUCCGAAGACGAGCUUGAGGAGCUGGCCGGCCGGCCGAGUGUUGACCACAGCCUCCGGUCUCAAGAGAGUGGUGACUUGGUCAAGCGCGGUCGCGUUGCUUGCCAAGUCGGGGAUUCAUAUGUCAACUCGGAUGAGGAGAUGGAUGACUCCAUCGACAGUGGUGCCUACCAAAUAGCUAUCCAGGGCCUUACAAGCGGCGACUCGCAAAUGGUCACGUAUGACGAUGAUGAGAAUGACCUGGCUGAUGACAUGACAGCUUGGUUCUCAACAUUUGGCUUUGAAACCCACGGCGAACUUAUUCCGGACGGAGCGGCUUCACCAUGGAGUCUCUCGUCACACAGUAUAACAUCUACAUCCCCGUCUACGGUCGGCGGGGACGCAGAGGCUCCCAUCCCAGUUAGUUCCGAAGACGGCUACGCAUUUGCAGAGCCCAUUCGCUUCUUCCGAAGUCAUGCACCCCCAAGAAAGUGGAGGCCAGAGGAGGACUCGGCUAACCACUAUACCUUGCGAUAUACCAGGACAGCCCCUUUGGUGGUAGGAGACGGCGAGAGAGACUGCGUGUCUGAACAGGUAGCCGAGUCGGCGGACCUGAGUCGCGUCAAAUCUCCAUCUACCCAAACGGAUAUCCAUCCCAGCGCCCUACCGCCUCGAGAAGAAAAUCCACCCCUCGCGGCCACCAUGCUCCGCCGGCCCCCGACAACGCUCCAAAUCACAGCCGAGGACGUAGCCGCCUACGAGGACCGACGCGCAAACGAGGCCCUCGCCGCGGCGCAACAGGCACGCGCCGAAGCACAAGCCUACGCGCAGGCGCAGGCGCAGGCGCAGGCGCAGGCACAUGCACAAGCUCAAAUGGAGGGCGUGCAAGAGAGCCCCGGCGCCGUGGGGAGGAGAGUGCGCGAGGAGCGGCUGGGCAUCACGCGGAGGAGGUGA